CAGCAGGAAUGACCUGUGGACGGGAGAGGGCAGAGACCUCGGGUGGAGAAGUCAGCGAGGAGGCUGAUGCACUAGUCAAGCUGGAAUAGGACAAGCGGCCGGACCAGUGUAGUGGCCUUUCGGAUGGAGGGGAAGAGACGGAUUCUGGAAGCGUUGUCGGAGGGAAAACCGACAGGAUUUAACGGCAGACUGAAGAUGGAGGUCGAAAGAGAGGGAGGAGUCAAGGAUGAGGCCGAGGUCGCAGGCCUCAAAGAUGGAGAGAAGAAAGGUGGUGGUCGUGUCGACUGAGGUGGGAGGAGAGACUUGGGACGGAAGAUGCGGAAUUCAGUUUUGGGAAUGUUGAACUUGAGGUGCCUGGUGGACAUGCGUGCGGAGAUGUCCUGGAGGCGGAUGGAAAUGUGAAUUGCCGAUAAAGAGAGAGCUGGAUUUGGGAGUCAUCCACAUAGAGGUCCCAGUCCCGCCCGAGGUCUGCUGGGUAGUUAAUGCGGAAGAUAAAGAGGUUGCGUCUGGAAAACGAGACCGCCGGGCGUUGGAGAAGCUUCCCCGCCAGCUCGGAAGGGACGGGAAGGAUGACUGCUGUGGAGACCCUGACCGACCGGCCCAGUACAGUGGAGAUGGAGGAGCCCCCGCUGCCGCCCUCGUCCCGUUUCCAGGUGGAGAAGCAUUCGUGGGAUGGGCUGCGGGACAUCAUUCACAGCAGCAGGAAGUACUCGGGCUUCAUCGUGAACAAGGCUCCCCACGAGUUCCAGUUUGUCCAGAAAACGGACGAGUCGGGCCCUCACUCGCACCGCCUGUACUACCUGGGCAUGCCCUAUGGAAGCCGGGAGAACUCACUCCUGUACUCCGAGAUUCCCAAGAAGGUGCAGAAAGAAGCCCUGCUGCUCUUAUCGUGGAAACAGAUGCUGGAUCAUUUUCAGGCUACCCCGCACCACGGGAUGUACUCCAGGGAGGAGGAGCUGCUGAGAGAACGUAAACGUCUCGGAGUCUUCGGGAUCACGUCUUACGACUUUCACAGCGAGAGCGGCCUCUUCCUCUUCCAGGCCAGCAACAGCCUUUUUCACUGCCGAGAUGGCGGCAAGAAUGGUUUUAUGGUGUCCCCCAUGAAGCCUCUGGAAAUAAAGACGCAGUGUUUGGGCCCUCGGAUGGACCCCAAGAUUUGCCCUGCCGAUCCCUCUUUCUUCUCCUUCAUCAAUAACAACGAUCUGUGGGUGGCCAGCAUCGAGACGGGAGAGGAGCGCCGGAUGACUCACUGUCAUAAAGGUUUAUCGAACGUCUUUGAGGACCCCAGGUCCGCUGGGGUGGCCACCUUUGUCAUCCAGGAGGAGUUCGAUCGUUUCACUGGCUAUUGGUGGUGCCCAACGGCUUCGAAGGAAGGCACCGAGGGCCACAGGACGCUCCGGAUCUUAUACGAGGAGGUGGACGAAUCCGAGGUGGAAAUAAUCCAUGUCCCGUCUCCUGCCCUGGAAGAACGGAAAACAGACUCCUACCGGUAUCCCAGGACAGGUAGCAAAAACCCCAGGAUCUCUCUCAAGCUGGCCGAAUUCCAAGCCGACAGCCAGGGAAAGAUCAUGGGCGUUCAGGACAAGGAACUGGUCCAGCCCUUCACCACCCUCUUCCCAACCGUGGAGUAUAUCGCCCGGGCCGGAUGGACACGGGAUGGCAAAUACGCCUGGGCCAUGUUCCUAGACAGACCUCAGCAGCGGCUCCAGUUGGUCCUGCUCCCGCCGGCCCUCUUCAUCCCGGUCCCCAAGAGCCAGGAGCAACGCUGGGAAUCGGCCAGAGCCGUGCCGGAGACGGCGCAGCCGUUUGUGAUCUACGAAGAGGUCACCAGCGUGUGGAUCAACGUCCAUGAUAUCUUCUACCCCUUCCCCCAGUCGGAGGGGGACGAAGACCUCUGCUUUAUUCGCGCCAGCGAAUGCCAGACUGGCUUUUGCCACCUGUACAAAGUCACUGUGACGCUGCGGCCCAACGGCUUUGACUGGACCCAUCCCUACACGCCUGGAGAAGAUGAUUUCAAAUGCCCGAUCAAGGAGGAGAUUGCUCUGACGAGUGGCGAGUGGGAGGUUUUGGCCAGGCACGGAUCCAAGAUCUGGGUGAACGAGGAGACCAAGCUGGUCUACUUCCAGGGCACCAAGGACACACCUCUGGAGCACCACCUCUAUGUGGUCAGCUACGAGGCCGCAGGGGAGAUUGUGCGCCUCACCACGCCUGGCUUCUCCCACAGCUGCUCCAUGAGCCAGAACUUCGACAUGUUCGUCAGCCACUACAGCAGCGUCAGCACCCCUCCCUGUGUGCACGUCUACAAGCUGAGCGGCUCCGAUGACGACCCACUCCACCGGCAGCCCAGGUUCUGGGCCAGCAUGAUGGAGGCAGCCAGCUGCCCACCCGACUACGUCCCUCCAGAAAUUUUUCAUUUCCACACGCAGUCCGACGUGGAGCUGUACGGCAUGGUCUAUAAACCUCACAAUGUCCAGCCAGGGAGAAAACACCCCACGGUGCUGUUCGUGUACGGGGGUCCUCAGGUACAGCUUGUGAAUAACUCUUUCAAGGGGACAAAGUAUCUGCGGCUCAACACGCUCGCGUCCCUCGGCUAUGCCGUGGUGGUGAUCGACGGCCGGGGAUCCUGUCAGCGAGGUCUCCAGUUCGAAGGGGCCCUCAAAAAUCAGAUGGGUCAGGUGGAGAUAGAAGACCAGGUGGAAGGGCUACGCUUCGUGGCGGAGAAAUAUGGGUUUGUGGACCUGAGUCGGGUCGCCAUCCACGGCUGGUCGUAUGGCGGUUUCCUCUCCCUCGUGGGGCUGAUUCACAAACCCCACGUCUUCAAGGUCGCUAUCGCCGGGGCCCCCGUGACGGUCUGGAUGGCCUACGACACCGGCUAUACCGAGCGGUACAUGGAUGUCCCGGAGAACAACCAAGAAGGUUACGAAGCUGGCUCUGUGGCGUUGCACGUGGAGAAAUUGCCCAACGAGCCAAACCGCUUGCUGAUCCUCCAUGGAUUCCUGGAUGAAAACGUGCACUUUUUCCACACCAACUUCCUCGUCUCCCAGCUGAUCCGGGCCGGGAAACCCUAUCAGCUGCAGAUCUACCCCAACGAGAGACAUAGUAUUCGCUGCCCUGAGUCGGGAGAGCACUACGAAAUCACACUGCUGCACUUUCUUCAAGAAUACCUCUGAGAGCUGCGGCCUCCACGACUCCGGAUGCUGCCCACUCACCUUGGGAGGGUCCCCGGCCCUCCCUCCCCUCCCUCUCCCGACUCUUCUCUCCUCUCCCUCACCCCUCCCUCCCCUCUCCCGCCCCUCCCCAGCCUUCUUCUGCAGAGCACAAGCCUCCAAGUGCCACCAUCUUGGCUCCCCCAAACAUCAGGUUUCCCGGGGUGAGGAGGGAGAGGAAGGCCAUCCCCUCUGGCCUGAUCUGGAUGGCAGCUCUUCUCACCCGAAAGCCAGCUCCAUCCCAACCCCUGUGGACUCACGCUUCCUGGCUGAUGCUGCGGCUGCUUCAUUUUUUUUUUUAUAUAUAUAAACUCUUCUUUGUUCUUUUCUUUUUCUUUCUUUCUUUUUGGCUGCGGCUUUCUCCACGCCAGGACCGAAUCAAGCAAUCAAUCAGUCAGUCGGUCGAUAAGUGGUAUUUGAGCACUGCCUCUGUGCAGAGCACUGUAUGACGCACGCGCUUGGGAGAGGACUAUCGGUAGACCGAUUUAGACUGAAACCGGGCAGAGGUCCGGUCCCGUCUGCCAUCCGCCACUUCUCUCUCCUAUCCCCCCUCUGCGGUCCGGUGAUUUCCUGGAAGGGGGAUCUCGGCGGCAUCGAGGCAUCUAGACUUUGUCCCAGGGAGGAGUCAGACCAGAGAAAUCCGCCAAGCUGCCUUAAACCGAGGUGCCGGGAGAGCAGGAGUCCUUCCCCCCGGGGGGGGGGGGGGGGGGGGGGCACGACACUCCACGGUCGCCUGGGGCCCCCAGUCGGCUUGGUGGGCAUAUGAGUUGCUCUCUCGCUUCCCACCGCCCCACCCCCGCGCCCCCUGUGUUUUUCUCUUCCUCGCCCCCGUCCCUACCCUCUGUCUCUGUGUCCUCCCUCCCCCAUCCCCAGGAUGAGCAGUAGCAUUCAGGGCCCCAGGAUAGGCUUGGUAGGCACAUUCCAGUCUCUUCUCCCCCCCCCCCCGGCCCCGGUCCCCCGGCCCCCCAGCUCCCUUAGUAAAUUGUUGUUCGAGCCGUGUAGGAGGAAGGCGGUAGGUCUGGGGCAGUUGGCUGGCCUUGGGAGGUUGGGAAGUUAGCGUGCCCGAGGCCCUGGCCAAUGUCCUCCCAAAUACGGGGGUGGGGCCAGAGAACAAGGUUAUGCCCCUCCGGCCGUCCGGAGCACGUGGCCACCUCGGGGAUCAGGUUUGGUAGCAAGAAGAGAAUGGGAAUUCCCGUUUCCCGCUCCAGCCCUCGCUCACCCUCCUCUCCCCAGCUCCCCUUCCUGUGAUAUUUCCUGUUCUUCUCCCGCAAGCUUUUAGGCGUGCACUGAAACCAGCUUUGCUUCAGUUCUCUGCGGGUCAGUGACUGUUUUUCGCCCUGCCCUCCGUCUCCCCUCUCUCUGCCGCCGCCGCCGCCCCCCACCCCCCGGGCCGAUACGCAUUCUCAUUUCCCCGACCAACACAGACUGCGGGGGCACCGGGCCCGCCUCCCCCUCCGGCCCCGGGACCGAGUCGGAGGGCAAAGACUAGAACACGGACCCCCGUCUUUUCACCCCACGUAUUUUAAGUGCGUAUUAUGAGAAGAAAAUAUUUUUGUGGAUUCUUAUUCUUUUAUAAUUAUGCGUGUAAGACGUAGCAACUCAUUAAAGUAUUACAGAUGGAAA